UCAGUAGUAAUACAUGCUCCCCACAAUGGGAAGGGAGUAGCAAUAACACCAACAUGAAUGCAACAAAAUGCACAAUAUAUACUGAUUAUCAUUAUCUUAAAGCUAUGUACAUGUACACCCACUUUAAGAAAACCUCCCUCCCACUAUCUACCACAUGCUAAGAGAAAAUAAAAAAUGGCAGAAGGACCCUUAAAAGCACCAGCUGGUACAGGUACUGCUAUUGUGGGUGAAAUCUUAAAAGAAUUAGAGAAAAGAUUCAGCAAAGGAAACAAACAAGAAGAUGAGAAACAGAAAGAAAAGCCAAAGAGGAGUGACCCUGCAGACAGCUCCUCAAGGACAUCAGUACAUAAACAAGAGUUCCUGUGGGACAGUAUAAUACAAUGGCUGGUCGCUGCCAUAUUUGGUCUCUCUCUACUUGAUGUGUCUGCAAACUUCUUUCGUAAUUACACGGUUUCCUGUCACGUUGAAACCGAUCUACGCGAUGAAGCAGCAUAUGUCAAUAACUACUGCUACGGUAGUCUACCGAGAUCAGAGUACUUCACUCUCUAUGUCAUUAUACACGGGUUCCUAAUAAUAGGACCUCACAUACUAUGGAAGACAGUGUCCGACUCUUAUAUCAAUUAUUUCUUUGAUCUUUGUAACGGGCUGGAUAGACUGAGGGACCGGCUGACUGGUGAUUAUGAUCCACGUAAUUCCGAUAUCGUCUCGAGGCUCGUGAGCGAGUUUCAGACUCAAAGCUACAUAGAUAUCUGGAAAUGGAAGGUCCCGUUACUCUUCGGGAGUUACAUAUUAAAACUAGCAAUACAGCUUCUAGUAUCCACGGGAUCCAUUCUAUUCUCUGCCGUAUACUUUUACAACUUUCCUGAAGUAUUUCCAUGCCCUAAAAACCUUGAUCCCAACUCCUACGGCUGGCACUUAAACACGACAGUCACUUGCGUCUUCCCAUCGAUCCAUUUCAUGGCACUCCUCCAAUAUGGGGACUUUAUCCUACUAGGACUAAUCAUGCUAGUACUGGCAUAUGCAUUCAUAUGGGUCAUACAGUGUCAUCCAAAGGAGCUCGGGCAGUCAAAGAUAGCCGAGAUAUGUUCCCAGUCUUGUCUCAUACCAAAUGAUUAUACGUAUACGUAUGCUAAAUUUAUCAAACCGAGAUACGACGCCAUUAAGAAUGACAUGGACUUUCUGCUAAUGAUGCUGUUUCGGGCCAGCUCUGGUAAGGGGGCUACACUAAAAGAGAUGCUGAUUAAGGACAUGAUGGGGCAGCAUUAUAGCAAAGACGACGAACUCCUUCAGUUGUUUCUGGAGCAAAGGGAUGAAGAGGAGGACGUGACCCAGUUAUUUAAGCAAGCAAGAUUCAGAGCCAUCAUUAAAACCAUAGGAAAAGGUGGAUCACCAAGAUAUGUAAUAGAGAGCAAGCUUAAGCCAAAACUCGGACUAACUGAUGAUAAGGAAAAACCACCAAACGCAAAAGAAAUAUCAAGACUGGUUGAGAGUUCAGACAGAAUAAAAGAGGGCAUUGACAAUUUCCUAGAUAGUCUUUACAAUGAAAUUGAUGAAGAUAUGGAUGAAGCACACAUCGUACCUCCUUCCUGCAAUUGCUGUGAGUGUAUAAACUGCUACAACCACGCAUCUGAUGAGAAGAAGCGGUUUACAAGAGAGCUACACAACUGGUGCAAGAAAGGAGGAAGGAGGGGACACCUCAGGAAAGUUUUAGAAGAGCACAAUCUUAAGAGUCUUGCAGAAGAAUGUAUUGGCGAACCUGUUAGCAAGAAAGACCUGGAAAGUUUUCAAAAUCGAGUGUACAGCUUUCUCCAGCUGGUAAAGCCUCACCAAGAAGGCAAAAAGAGAUUACUAGCAAUGGACAUAUCAUUCGACGGGCUGGGAUGCACUUACAUACUGGAAUGGGCAAUAGAAUCAGUUUGCUCUAUUAGUUUCAAUUCCCAUUUCCACAAUAAGUCAGAGCCUAUCAAAAAUGACAUGCUCUAUAAUCAAAUUACGCUAUUUCGUCUACCGCAGGACUUCUUCUCACUACCAGGAACGGAUCAAACAAAGCUUUUCGACUACUUGCAAAAGGUCUAUUUUGAUUCACCGGGACAGACGCCAAUUCGAGACAGAAGGAGAGGAAUCAAUGAUGAGGAAGACAGGUAUAUAAACUUCUUUACUGUUGGUCCUAUGAAAGAAGAUGCAAAGAGAGUUACAGUUAAUUUGUUACUGGAGCGAUUGCAUAGAGGGUCUGACAUAGCUGACAAUUGUCUCAUGCUGGCUAUAAGACCAUUGAUGAUUGGUGGUAACGCUGUUGCUCAUAAAUAUGUGAAAUACGUUCCAUCAUACAGCUUGUUCAGACGAUAUGGUACAGGAAAGCCCCGCCCAAAAAGAUCAAGGACUACAAUGUCCUUACAACCAAUGACGAAUGAAACAAGAUUGAGGAGCCACUCCCAUCGUCAAAUGUCACUACAAGUAGAUACCCAGCCUCUUCUCACGGCUUCACCUGAAGAAGACCCUCGAGAAGACCCUAAUGAAGAUAUUGAUGAUAUUAUUGAAAAAGAUGCUUUCCGUACUGUUGGAUUUGAUAAAGGGAUAGUCUGUUAUUGUGCCGGGGUGGAGUGUGUCUUUGAAAUGAUACUCUAUGAGUACAUAAAGAAGCAAGAAAGAGAACAAAUUGUCUCGCAAAUUUCUCUGUAGUUGGCUCGAGUUGGCCGCCAUAAUUGAUUGUAAUUAUUGAUAUUUUA